AUUGUAUUUAGUAAACAGAUGUGUGUAAAUUCAGAUACGGGUCGUAAUCGAAAAAUAGUUCAUUGGGCUCAGUAAAUAGUUAUAUAUUUUCAAUUUAUUUGCAAACCAUAAUAAAUUCACCCAAAAUGCCGCCUACAAAAAUCGAAAGUAAUCCGAUCGAGAAGAUCGCUACGAAUCGCUCGAUGUUAUCUGUAAAUCCCGAGUUGCGCAGCCUUAUCGUGGAGCUGAUGCUGCCGCGGAUUGAGAAUCUGCGUAAAAUAGUCUCCACGCGUUUUGUAUCUGAGGCGGAGGCUGCAAAUGACACAGACGCUGCCGAAGAUUGGUGGCCAGAUUACAGCAUCUAUUCGCACUUGCAUUACAUGACCGAAAUGAAUGGUCUGCUGCAUCUAAUGAUAAAUAGCUUGAGAGGCAUGACGGAUGAGCUGCUAACCAUUGGGGUCAAGUUUCAAGCCUUUGUUUUUGACAACUUCAAGCCACAUCAAACUGCCAAGGAACAAGUCGAGGCAAAUCCAGCUGAAGAGAAGCAGAAAAUCUUGAACCGUUAUCUCUUGGCUCAAAGCUUGAUCAAGGAUAUGGUAACCUUUGUGACCUGCUGCAGUCGCAAGUGCAGCAAGCUUUUGACACAGCGCAAAGACUACUUUGAACGAGCCUCAGAGACCAAGGACAUGGAGGAUCGAAUACGCUUGAAAAUCUUCGAUGAGCGCAGCUUUAGUCAGAUGCAUCGCCGCAUGGUUAGCUUGAAGAGCUUUGUAGAGGACUUUUGCAAUUUAUUUGAGUCUGAUCAGAGUCCGUCAGAUCAGCAGGAAACCUCUGUCGUUUCCCCAGCCAAAGAAAUAUCCACGUAAAGCUGUCUCGUUUUGUUAGAUGGAUGUUAUUAGCCCGUUUCUUUGUUCUAGCUUGCCCGAGUCAACCAAAACGAACACACACACACAGACACACAGAAACAGAAACAGCAGCAACACACAUGCCACUUGCCACAUGCCACAUGCAUAUACACAUGAAGGCUUCAUUUGAGAGGGUUGUAAUAAAGAGUCCACCCCCUGUGAA